UCAUGUACAUUUGUUUUUAUUUUGCGAGAAUGAAAAAAAAGGUCCACGUCACAAAAUAUAAUGACAUAUCAAGAGUAAAUUUGAUAGAUGAGACGUCAAUGUCAAUACGUUACUAUUUUUAGCCACGAAUGAGAUAAAAAUUGCUCUUUUGAGAAAUUUUCCUCAAUGUGAUUUGGUGCAUUCACUUCUGCGUCUUUUUUUUUGUCUUUUUUUUUCUUCAUUCGUGAACUUAUGCUUUUUUUUCAUAUUUUCAAUUCUAUUUUUUGUCGCUCUUUGGUGUGGAGAUUGAAAAGAAAAUUUUCCCAUGACACCUUAGACAAAGAACAUGAUUUUCUAUAAUCUCUUGAGACAUCCUAUCAUAUUUAUGCAUUCAUGUCAACAAUGUUGAACUUAUUGGAUAGAUCUUAUCGCAUUUAAACAAUGUUUUCUACGUAAUAGAGCUCUUGUGUGGCAACUCUCAGGGAAGAGACACUCAAUUAUCAAUUUUUUUUUCUUCUGUUCAAUGCUUAACUUGGGCAUAUCCCACAUUUUUUUAAAAUUAUCUUUUCCUUCUAAAACAAAAAAAUGAGCAAGUUUUUUUUUGAAAAUAUAACGAAAACACAGAAAAAAUCGUAUAAAGAUGUGUUUUAUUCUUUGAAGAAAAGCUACGUUUAAAAAGGAGUGGUAAACGUUAGAAAAAUAUCAAACCGUAGAAACGAAACGUCAAACGUUAGAAUUAAUGUCAGCCCUUUAAAAAUGAUCAUCAAACUUUAAAAUAAACGUCAAACUGGAGACUGAAUGUCACAAAUAAGAGAAAGUACAGUCGAAUAGAAACGUCAAAAGAAACAAUAAAAUAAGCCUCAAACGUUAGAAAAUAAACGUCAAUUGAUAGAGAAAGAGCAUAGUGAUUGGAAAGAAAACUUAAAUUGUUUGAAACAAAACGUCAAACGUUAGAAUUACACACACAAUGUGUCAAAAACUCCUAUUUCGAAAGCAAAAGCCUAAAAAAUGGGUUAAGAAAUCCCGAUUUUCAUAAACCUCGAUUCUUACGUCGUUCUUUUGAUUUUUUUUUUAAAUUUUUAAAUAAAAAAAAGAAUAUUUCUUUAACAUACUAAUGAAUAGUUUUCUGACUACGACCCUGAUUUUUCAAUAUAAUAGGAAGAAAACAAAAAUUACAAAUUAAAUAAUAAUUUUUCUAUUUGGCAAAAAGAAAUAAAAUUAUUUUCUUAAAAAUAACUAAUGAAAACUUACAAUUUUUUUUUUGAAAAUUCGGUUUUUUAGUUUAGAAAGGAAGUUUUACUUUUGUUUGCUGUCAAAUAUUCUUUUUCGUAAGUUUAAUAAAGAACCUCCACCACUGAGUAGCUUUAACUACCUAACUUUUGAGUCUAAAUACGAAUCUUAAUACGAAAAUUGAUUUUUCUCUGUUUAUUUUUUCUACCAAUAUUAAAAUAAUAAAAGGACAGAUUAAGUACAACAUCACUUAAAAAAAAACAUGCCAAAAUUUCCAUUAAUCUUUGUGAUUCAUGGUGAUCAUCAUGGUAGUCAGUCAUCAUGAUUAUAAUUAAGAGAAAGGAAUGAAAGUUCUUUUGGGAUUUUUCAUUGCUUGAUUAUACUUUUGAGAUUUUGUGGAUGAAAAUCAUUUUAAUAUACAUUUUGUGGUACAAAGAUUGUAAAGAGACACGAUGGAAAAAGGCAAAAAAAGAUUGCAGCUCUAAGAUUAUAGAAGUCAUUGAUGCGAUAACCUUGCGACGACAAAUGAAUUUGUAAUAUUUUCAUUGCUUCACACUUCUUCACGCUAAAAUGAGAAAAUAAAAGUGAUGUCUAUAGAAAAAUUGGCAUCCGAUUUUUUAUUUAUGGAAUUUCCUAAUUUUAUUAACUAUAUAGUUUCAUUUUUUUUAGAUAUAAAAAAAUUUGUAGACUAUGAUUAGGUACCUAUAUGGAAUUUUGGAGAGGGAGGUAGGAGGGGGGGGGGGUAAAAGCUCUGUGUGAAGUAAGUAUGCAGCAAGUUUCACCCUGUAAAUUGAUAGUCUUUUAUUUAAUAGUGAAUAAUAUUUUGGGUGAUUUUUUUUGUGAGUGUGUAUAUAGUGGAGCUUUUGCUACUAUAUAUAGUUUGCCUAGUCUACCAUAUAGGUAAGAAGUAGUAUUGGGAGAAAGAGAAAGAUAUAGAGAUGGCGUUUGUGUGCACAGGAAUAUUGGUAAAGGUUUCUCAAGGCAGUAGUGAAACAGCAGACGUAUGGAGUGUGUGUGUGUGCUGAAAGAUGACGAUGGCAUAGAGGUAGUAUGAAGGAGGUAAGAGAGGGGGGAGGGGAGGGUAGGUGAAAAUGGGUGGUAGGAGAGUAAAAGAUUGCCAAAGUAUUUGAUAAAAGAGUAGCACUAAUGAAAAUGUGGUAGUGGCUACGUUGCGCGUGUGUGUCGUCACCAAAAAGCUCCCCACUUCGCUCGUGAUCCAACCGACCGGUUGCUCCUACUCACUCACUCAUGUGACACCCUGUAUCUACCCAUUGCACUUGACAAUUUUUCUGACGACGCAAUUUGUGCUCCCAACUUCAGUAUGAGUUCGCAUUUCAUAUCGGUUGGAUGGUGGUAUCAAUUUUUUUUACAACAUAAACUCACUUAUAUCAAAUUCAAUUGACUUUUUGGGUAUAAAUUAAACAUUCAGUUUUACCUUUAUUGUUUUUUUGUGGGUGGUACUUACUGCUAAAAACAUUUUCUCAGUGAGAAUCCCACUCUGGGCGUCGUGUGUUGCGCCACAAAUCAAGGAUAAAUGCUAUUGAGGUCGGAAAAAUCAAUAUAAAAGGAUAUUGAAUUUUAUGUGAGGUGGAAACACGAAUUCUCUGGUUACCCAUGAGUUGUGUGUGACACAAAACAGAAAAAAGAAUUAAAAAUAAUUUUGAAAAAAAAAUAAAAAGUUGAGAGUUUAAAAAAAAUCUCGGUGCAUUCUCAAUUUUUAUACAUAUAUUGCGUAAACUUCGUAAGAAAGUGAGUUUGAAAGGAAGAGAAUUUAUCGGUUUUGGAAAAUAUUGUGGAAAAUUGAUCUAUAUGUAUAUUUUCCAUUGAGUGCCACUAAAUUUUGUGCGAGAGUGGUUGAAGAUAAGUAAUGAAAUUGAAGUGACGUGGAAUGUAUUUUUACAGUGAUGAAAAUACAUAAGAAUUUAAUUGCAACUGUAUAACAAAGGUGAUUUAUAUGCAAAUCCACAGACACACUUUCCCAACUGAAAAUACAUAUACAAAAUAAAAUUUUUAAGCCCUCAACGACAAGAAAAUACACACACGUGCAAAAUUUUGUUGGAAUUGAAGCUUUUUCUCCCAUGAAAUGAUGAAUUGAAAUUUUCGGUGGAUUUGCGACUUCUUUCAAAUAUAUGUAUUUGUCAGUGUAGCGUAAGAAAAAAAACCAAAGAGAUACAGUGGGGAUCCGUAGUAAAUAUUUAAUCGGUUCUGUUCCGGAAUGUUUACUACGGGCCAAAAUCUAAACUGGUGGAUAAAUAUCCAAAAUAUUUAUGCAGGCCUCUUCUGUAAGAUCAACAAAGUGAUCUUAGGUACAAAAACAUUAUUUAUUUAGCUAAAUAAUAUUAAAAAAGCGCUAAAAUUGAAAUUGAGGGGUGGCUCGUAGUAAACAUCUCGGAAACAGUGCACAAAAAAAUCUAAUUCUUGCCAUUUUUCUCUGAAUUAAAUCACUGUGGCCCGUUCCUAGACUUCCUUAGAAGUUUCUUUUUAUCACAAAACUAAACUUUAAGGCAAUUUUCACAAUAAUUUUAAUAAAUUUUGUAGUGGAUCAAAUUGAUCACAAAAAGCCAAGUCAAACUUCAUUUUGGAAAUCCGAUCAGCUGACAAAUCGUUUCGAUAUUUUCCGAAGCAUCCCGAUGAAUUCCGAAGUAUCGAUAUAUCGAAUACGUCUUCCCACCAGAGGGAAAAAAUCUUUUGAUCAGUAAAUUCUGCAUUUGUCAGAAGAAUAUUCUUUUUUGGUCAGGAGAACUUGUCUCUUUUUUUAAUGAAAUUAUAAAUAAAUUUUUUUUGAAAAAGUUAGGUAUCAUCAAAAUGCAGAUUUAUGGUGCUAUGCAGGAAAAUCAUGUCAGGAAAAAAUGAUCAUGACAUUUUUUCCUGACAUUUUUUUUCAUUCCUUCUGACUUCCACUAAUAUAUUUCCCUAUCUUUCGUCUUUCUCUGACGCAUGGUGACGACAUUUUCAUCAUUUCAUGCCUUCUCUCUCGGUCUUAGGAAUUUCGGAUAUUUUGUCCUAUUCUUCGCCGAGCUGAACAUUUUUUUCUCUUUUCUGUGCACUCCACAUGUUUUUCCAUUUCGUGUUAUUUUUUCAGUAUUUGGGAAUAUUUUUCCAUGGAAAAGUGAAAAUUGGCUUUGCUGAAGUGUUCUCAGUGUCAGGAAAGCAGUGAAAAGUAGAAAUUUAUGGUUAUUUAGCGGCCAAUUAUGUGAAAAUCUGCGAAGUGCAAAAUCAAAACAUUCUUUCCCUGACCAAUUUUUACGGGAUAUUUUUCUGGAUUUUGACCACACAAAUCAUUUCAUGCAGGCUUUUUGUCCCUUCCUACAGGUCAUCUGCACACGGAAGGUUUGUGUGGGGUCAGAGAAAUGCUUCCUGGUUGGUGGAAUUCUACCUGAACGCGGAAAAAUUGGUCCGGGAAUGAAUGUUUUGCUAUCGAAACUUCACUGUUUUCACUAGUUUGGCCGAUAAAUAUCCACGAUUUUCCACUUUUCACAUUUUUACUGGCACCGACAACACUUCAGCAAAGCCAAUUUUCACUUUUCCAUGGAAAAAUAUCCCCAAAUACUGAGAAAAUAACACAAAACGGAAAAACAUUUUGAGUGCACAGAAAAGAAUGUUAGAAAAAAUGUUCAGCUCGGCGAAGAUUAGGACAAAAGAUCCGAAAUUCAUAAGUCCGAGCGAGAAGGCAUGAAAUAAUGAAAAUGUCGGAAGCAUGCGUCAGAGAAAGACGAAAGAUAGGGAAAUACAUUAGUGGGAGUGAGAGGGAAUGACAAAAAAAUGUCAGGAAAAAAUGUCAUGAUCAUUCUUUCCUGACAUGAGAUUCGUGAAUAGGACCAUAGAGCACCAUAAAAAUAUAUUUUUUUAAAACUAGAGCGCCAUAUAAUUUGAGGUUAAAAAUGUGAAAAAUGGGAAUUUAAAACUUUGUCCUAUAAUACACCCACAAUUUUCUUUAUUCAGUAGUAAAUAAGAAUUUUAAGCGACUUUAUUACGAAUAUUCUUGAAAAAUUGCUCCUUCAUACUCUAUUAUCAGAAAAUGUCUCAAAAUUUUAUAAAAAAAAACAUUUUUUGAAAAAAUUUACAAUAGGUAAUUUUUCCCCAUAUAUCGAUUUUUAGGUUCAAUAUAUCGAAAUCGCAAACUAUCGUUUCUUGCAAUGUUUAAAGCGGAUCAGUGGUCACACAAUGUUUACUUCGAGCCAACCGAGCUCGGUUUCAAUUAUGUUUACUACGGGCCAUAUUUACUUCGAGCCAUGUUUAUUACGGAUCCCCACUGUAUAUAUUUCCAAAUCCACGCGAAAUACAACUGUGUGAAAUUCAUGGUGAAAAAUUUUUUAGAGGAAGAAAAAAAAACGCAAAAAGUGGUUAAAAAGCUAUGAUCUCCUGGUAGGAAUUUGUGGUUACGGUCUUGAAAAUCUUUCAUGCAUUUUACCACGAGCUUGACAUAAUAGUUAGUGGACUUAUAUUGCUGAAAAAGUGACAUUUAGUAGUUCCAAAAAUCGCCACAUGCAGUGAAAUACUAAAAAAAAAAUUAGUGUGUAGAUGUGUAAAAAUUUUACAUUUACCUAAAUUACUUCUUACACGAAGCAACCAAAUGGAAAGGAAUUCACCUGGAUGAAUUUUGCACCUUACAUUUGGUGCUCCUAAUUAAGCUUACAAGAAAAAAAACACUAAAUUAUCAAUUUUUUCUACUAAAAUUUCCUAGUUCAAAAAAGAUUCUUCAGAGAGAUUUUACCAUGAUAUUGUAAAAUAAAAAGUUCUCAAGUUGAAUUAUAUACCUACCUACCUACAUAAAAUACAUAGAGUAAAAUUGGUAAGGUAAAAGAAACAUAAAAUCAUAAGACAAGUGUAAAUGUGUGUGUGUGCAAUUCCCAACGAGCGGUGAAAACUUGAACAAGGUGUCCAAAAUUUCGAGAUAUUUCCACCGCAAGCUGGACACAAAAGAGUGUGUUCUUCAUAAAACCCUCUAAAACUACAAAUACACCAUCAAAUUAGACAACUUUUCUUCAACUUUGAGUCAUUUUUCAGGUGGCUGGCGUUACAGCGACCACGGAGCGCCCUUCUGCUCCACCAGCGCCUUCGCAGGGUCCAUCGCCCGUGCAGCUGACAGAUGAACCCCACAUGUCAAUUGUGGCAGCAGAAAAUGCAGGGCUCGGCCCGUGUGAUCUACCUCUGCCAGAUCAGUGGGUCACCCAUUCCCACACACAAUUGUCGCAUCUUCAGUCACACUCCGUCGCCACGACGUCGUCCGGUGGCGUCAUUCCACUCUCGCUGUCGUCCCCGGCGACAACGGCUGCCCUCGCGGGUCUCCAUCAUCAUUCGACAGCCCAGCAGCAUUCGCCGCUCCAGCAGUCAUCUAAAAUAAUGAACGCCGUGGCGCCUGCUGUGGCGUGCCCACCCACGAGUGCUGCCACGAAGAAGAUCCGCCGGAAGCAGGAGAAUAAGCCACAGUCGCAAAUCAACAAGUGUAACAAUGAGAAGAGGCGCCGAGAGCUUGAGAAUGAGUACAUCGAGCAACUCGGGGAGUUUUUGCAAAUUAAUAAACGCGACAUGACCUCCUGCAAGCCCGACAAGGCGGCUAUCCUAAAUGAAGUAGUAAAAACGUUCCGUACAUUGCUGGAGAAGGGCAGUCGGGAUCUCUCAUCUUCCCGGUGCUCCAAAUGCCCACCAGACUGUGCUGACUCGUGCACAGUCCAUCCCGUGCAGCAGGGUGAUGUUUCCUCGACGGAACCACCCCUGCCGGAACCUUCGGUAAAUGGGCAAUCACCUGAAAUUUCGGCAUACUUCGAAGCUGUUGAGCACUACAUCUCAUCAGCGGGUUGGGUAUUGUUGGAAAUAAAUGCUGAGGGUAUUAUUGAGUGUGUGACGGAGAAUAUAAAGGAUUUGAUUGCGUUCACGCGGGCAGAGCUGAGCCGGCAGUCAAUCUAUUCGUACCUGCAUCCGGGAGAUCAUGGGAAACUCAGUCCCAUUCUCAACAAUAUGUCAUUCACAGUUGGCUGGGGUGCCACUGAGGAUGAUUCGCAGUCCCCGCAGCAACCACAAGCGGUCACGGGACCAAAUCAAGCGGGUAGUGGGGGGAAGAAGUCCAUAAAGACGCGCAUCCGAAUGCUGGUGAAGCAUCCCGAUGCUGCGGGUGAGACGAUAGAGCAGAAGCAACAGCGUCUCGAUAAGUAUGAGGAGGUGGUGAUCAUUGCGGCGCCAGUUAAGGAUGAUGGGGAUGAAUGUUCAUCCGUGCUGUGUCUCAUAACGCGCCCUGAAGAUGAUGGGCCACUUGAUAAUAUUGCAACGCUGCCACAGCGUGAACUUGAGCAGCUGACGCUGAAAAUUGAGCCCAAUGGGAAGAUUAUAAAUCUCGAUGCGAGCACACUGAGGGAGACACUGGCACAGAGUCUGGCCAAAGAACCCCUACGGGCAAUUCAUGAUCUCUGCCACGUGCAAGAUCAUCAUGUGCUGAAGAUGCAUCUCAAGGAGGUCACACAGAGCACCAAUUCCAUGGCAUACUCCUCGGCCUAUCGUCUCCGGCUCGGCGCACCUGAAUCCUAUGUUCGCGCCAAGGUGACCUCCAAGCUCUUCCGGAGUACCAUUCACGGUGAGAGUGACUUCAUCAUGGCUGUGCACACAAUUCUCGAUGGAGAUACCCCGGAAGGGGGUCAGAUGCAGGGAGCACUAAUGGGGCCCAAUCACUCAGGGAUGGGCUCCCAUCUUGGGGCUGCUGGUGGUUCGGGAAAUAGUGGAGGGAGUAGCAUGGGGGGUCCCUUGAUGACGAGCGUAAUGAAUGGAGGUGUUGGCACGUUGCAGACUUCCAAUAGAUCCGGCAGUGUUGUCACCUCAUUCUCAAGUCCACCCGCCUCGGAUUGCAGUAAUUUCUUCGCCACGGAGUCCCUAAUUGACUUCGACAUCCCCCAUUCGACGAUUCUCGACAUGGAAGGUGUUGGCGUGGCGUGGGAUACGCGGCCAGACUCUCGAGCGAGUGUAACGCCCGUGAGCACCCCACGUCCACCCUCUGUGUCCGCCUAUAGUCCCGUUGCAGCUCCCAUAUGUCCUUCGCCGCUCACCUACCAUGCAGGGAAUGCAGGUGGGCAGCCGAGUCCGCAGAAUAACAACAACAAUAGCAGCGUCAAUAACAACACAACGGGCAAUUUUGCGGGGAAUUUUGGGAAUUUCACCGGCGGCGGUUCAUUUGAGGAGAAGGAGAAAGGUCAGGGUGAUGGGCAGCAGAUGCAAAUGGGACAGCAACAGGGCCAAGGGGGACAGAAUCACGAUUCUGAGAGACUGAGAAAUCUUCUCACGACUAAACGAACGCAACCCAUUGGGGCGCCCGGGACGAGUGCUAUGGACACGGAUGCCAAUGCACGCAACACAAAUAGGAUUCUGAAGGUGAGUUGCUCCCCGGCAAAGGGGUUCCCUGAGACGAAACUGACGCAUCUGUCGUCACAGGGUCUCCUCAAUGCCGAGGAGGAGAAGGAUGCUGCCAAUCCGGCGUAUGGGAAGAUGAAUGCAGGAACAGCAGCACCAAGGAUGCCCCAGGGAAGGCCAAGGCCAGGCCAAGAGAAUAAGAAUAGCAACAACAACAUGCUGCUGCAGCUGCUCAAUGACAAGAGUGAUGACGAUGAUCCAGAAUCAAGGGGGAAUCGUGCACCGAGUGAACUCCUGCGACAGCUACAGAAGGAGGAUACACCGAAGGAGCACAACCACAAUCAGCAGAUGGGCAAUGAGGAGCUGAUACAGCUGCUACGUUUCCAGGGGAAUGACUUUAGUAGGAAGCGCUCGUCGAAUGAACCGGACGAAGGUGGUGCAGCCAAGAGGUCCGACGAGAAGCCAUCGCUUCUGCGUGAGAGGAACAAAAUGUUGGCAUCACUGCUGGCAAAUCCGUCAAAGGCACCCACAACGGUGCUCCCAUCGACGGCAUUGCAAGUGAAAAUAAUUCCCGAUAUUACGCCGUCCAGUAUUAAUUCGCGGGUCACAAAUGCCAGCAAUCAGCAGCAGCAGCAGCAGCAGCAUCUCACCAAUAACAACAACACCAUCAUGAGCAACAAUAACAACACAAAUAGCAACAACCAAAAACAAAUAGUACAACAGUUGAACCAAGUUCGACCGCCUCCGCCAUCAAUUCGUAAGCCUUCCGAUGUCUACCUCAACCAAAUGCCAAGUCAGCAGGAUAUUAGCAAGAAUCAGCAGGUGAUGCAAUCGCCAGCAUCACAUCCGCAGGAUUUCCAAGUGGAAUCAGGGUCCUUUGCUACAUCGACUGCCGUGACUCCAUCCCAGCCCCAUCAGGAGUGGGAUCCGGAGCUAAAUGAGAUUCUAAAUGAAGUUAUUGACAUUGUGCCGGAUACAAAUUAUCCUGACAAUGAUUUGAACAAUAUUCUAGGUACAGCAGCAAUUAGUACAAUAGACACAUCGUCAGUAACAUCGACCCCGGUUCAGAGUCAGCAACAGGAUCUCAAUGAGAAACUCAUGAUAAAUGCCAUUCAGAAGUCUCUGAUGCAAUUUGAGAACAAUUCAGUGUUCAAUAGUAGUCCACCGGCAUAUCCUGCCAUGCAUUCCGGACCAUCAGCUGGUGGUUCUGUUACUACGCACCAACAGCAGAGUCAGGGUUUUCCCGCCCCACCGCCAAUUUACUCACAACGUUCACAGCGUAUGCCACAGAUGAUACCGGCUGGGCAUCAACAGCAGCAGCAGCAACAGCAGCAGCAAAUUAAUGCUAAUACUGUAGCGCGGUUUCAGCUGAUGCAGCAGCAUCGGUUGAUGCAGCAGCAACAGCAGAAGGAGCAGCGUGAGCGGUUGUUGCAGCAGCAACAGAAGCAACAGAUGGUCGUUCCGGUGAAUGCAACAGCAGGAGCUGAUCAGUUGUGCCUAAAUCCCGGGAUGACCAACAUUGAGUCACUGCUUAACAAUACAGUAGCACCCAAUGUUUCCCUGCAGCGAAGUACGAGUGUGGUAUCCGAUGCGCAACUUAGUCCUGGAUUUACGCAACCAAUGAUGCAGCAACAGCAACAGGGUUCAACUCAACGAACACCCUUUAGUCCCCAACCCAAUCAAGGCUACCAGCAGGCAUCAUUUAACACCAAUAAUGCGCAACGAUUGUCGCCGCUGCAGCAGCAGCAGUUGAGUCAGCAACAGCAGCAGCAGCAGCAGCAACAACAGAUGGGCUUUACGGGUGCAACAGGAGCUAAUGGGAGUGCGCAGUUGUCACCGCGACAGCCACCAUUUGGUGCACAGAGUGCCAUUCAUCAGCAACAAACCCCACAGACUGUUGCAACGUCCGUGCAGCAGCAGCAACAGUGGACGCAGCAACAGGCAAAUGUGAGGUUGUCGUUGCAGCAACAGCAAAAUCCCAUGCUCAAUGCUCAACUCACGAAUGUGGUCGGCUUCAAUUCCCGCCAAUUUCAAACGCAACGGCAGCGAUCUCUCAAUUCACCCGGAACCCCAGUGAGUCGUCAGAACUCCUUCCCCGGUCCCGAUGGUUUCCCCGGACCACCCAGUCCGACACAAUCCCCCUAUGGGGCUGCAACUGGUAGCAAUGUGGUCCCCGGACAAGCUGGUGUCUUCAAUCAGCAACAGCUGAGAAUGCAGAGACAAGCCAGUGUCCCGCAAGCCACACAGCAUUUACCAGGAUCCCCGAGGUCUUUUGGUGCUCCCGAUGCCACGGGAUAUGGAAUGAUUUACAACAAUAUGCAACAUGCACAAGGCUCAGGGGGCGAUUUUUAUGGCCGCCCACAGUCCGGGGCGAACAACAAUGGGGCGCGUGAAUUUCUACGUGCCCACGUGCAGAACCGCCAAACGGGUCAAGUGAGGACACCCCAGAGUCCGCACAGUGGCAUGGGGCAGAGUCCGCUCGUGGGCAAUCCAGCCAGCAGUGGGAUCCCAGGUGGGGGAGGAAGUGGCGGCGGUGGUAGCGGAAGUGGCGGAGUGGUGCAGUCGCCGCAACAGCAAAUGGGGGCUGCACCUCUUCUCAAUACGCCACCGGAUCAGACGAUGGGUUUCAACUUUGACAUGUCGCAAUCAGAUUUCUUCGGAGGGAGCGUCACCCGGUGACCCUAAAAAUUCAUGCCUAUUGCUCCAGAAACUCCUGUCAGAUUGAAAACAUGGCAUUAGUGAUAAAGAGUGGAUACACAAAGAGACCAAGAAGGAUUAAGAAUGCGAUAUUUUGAUGGAGGAAGCGCAAGUGCCGUAGGUGGGGAUGUUAAGUUGUAAGUAGAUUGAACUACACACACAAAACAUUUUCUAAAACAAAACAAAAAUGAAAUGUGAAUUAUGAGAAAGGAAUUAAGGAGAGGUGAAAUAUUAAAAAAAAUGUGAUGUUGAAUUAUUGGUAAAAGAAAAUAAAUAAAAAAUUGAAACGGGAAAAAAGAAUGUUGAGCAAGAUAUUUUCAGGAGAUGUAAAUAUAUUUUAAACAAAAAUUUAAAUUGUUGACCUUACUAAAAAACAAAAAAAAAAUGAAAAAAGUAUAUAUUAUUAUAUAUUUAAAUACAAUAUGAUUAUAAAAAAAAAACUGAUCCAGGCGGAUGGACGUGUGAGUGGCAAAAGGAGAAAGUGUUAGAGGCGUUGAAGGACGUAAAAGAUUGAGAUAGGAUACCUAGAAAAAAAAGAAACAUGAAUAAAAUACCUCUAUUUUAGUUCAAAAUUCACAUGAAGGUAAGAAAAGGUAAAGAUGUUGAGGGUAAAUGCGAGAUAUUUCGGUAUUUUCUGGAAAAAAAAACUCCUCUUUUUCUCAACAUGAAAUGUUUCUUGAUAUUUUUUUCUAGAAUAGAAAAUUGAGAAAUAUUCUGUGAAAAUGGGGAUGUUUUUUUCCAAAAUGAAACGAAAUAUUUUCGCCAAUAAUGAUGGUUUUUUUUUUCUUACGGAAACAAUAAACAAAAACUCAAAAAAAAAUCACGAAAAAAUGAAGGGAACGAUGGGUUUGGGAAGAAAUAAGAAAAAAAGAUACAAUACUGACUUAAAAGAAAAAAUAAAAAAAAAUAUUUUUCUGAUACCGCAAAACAAAACAAAUAAGUUAAUUUUAGGAUUAAUAAAAAAACAAAACAACUAAAAUAAAAAAAACAGUGUAUCUUUUAAAUGAAAAAUGAUAAAAGAAAAAUUGUGAAAAGUGAAAAGUAACAUAGUGAAUAUAUAACUUUUUUAAUUGAAACAUUAAAAGAAAAAAAAAAUAAUUAAAAAAAGUGAGUUGAAAAAAAGAAAAAGCUGUAAAUAGUGAAAGAGGUAAAAAGAAAAAAUAAUAUAUAAUUAUUUGUGAUAUUUGUGAUUUACUAUUAAUUUACGAAAGUAAUUGAUAAACAUAAAAAAAACAAUUUUAAAUGAUAAAAUGAAAAAAAAAACAUGCAGUAAAAUCCCACAAAAAAAAUUAUUGAAACAUUUAAUAUAAUUUGUUACGAUGAAGUAUAUAAGUAAAAAAAUAGUGUUUAAAAAUUCAUUAAUAAUGUGAGAGUAAAAAAAUAUGUUAAUGACUUAAAAAAAAGUGAGAAAGAGAGAGAGAAAAAUAUAAUUACUGAAACCUUAGUUUACCACAUCUCCAAAUCAUUUUUUUAUAUAAAAGAAAAAUCUUUCUUUUUUUGUUUACUAAAAGAUUAUUGAAUGGACAAAAAAACAACAAAGCGCGAAACACGAUACAGUUGUGUACAAAAAAUAAUACAACACUGAUUUAAAUGAAGAAAAAAAGUAUAUUUAAGAGGAAAAAAAUAACUAUAUAUUGCUACUAUUGUAAUAUUUAGAAAUGAAAGUUUAAAAAAAAAUGCAAACGAAGUUUAAAAAAAAGUACAGUAAAUUAAAAAAAAAACUCAUACACAUUACACUAAAAAAAAACAAUGAAAAAGGAAAUUUACUAAAUUUUUGAAAUCAUUGCAUUUCUAACAAAAGAAAAUCUACUACUGUCAAAAAUGUCUUCUGUACAUAGAACGUAAAACAAAAUAAUUUCGGGCAGUGACACGACGUAGUGCUGAUCGUUAAUUUUUUUUUAAAUAAUUUUCACGAGCGUGGGAAAAUUUUACAAAAAAAAAAUAUUUAAAAAUUCUUGUUUUUUUUUCUAAUAACUAACACUUGUGGGAAAAAUUUUGCAAAAACGGUUUCGCAAUUGAAUUUUUUCAUAGACGACGGGAGAGAAGUAAAAAAAAAUGUAAAUCAGUGACUCACAAAAAGAAAAAUCUUUCUAUUGCUACAAUUUUAGAGGAAAAAAACAAAGAAGGUGGAAGGCCCCCUUUUUAAAAUAAUAACAAAAAAAUAUUUAAAAAUUAUAUAUAAACUCACUUCAAAUAUUUUUAGCAUAUUAGAUGAGUGAAAAAAGAGAUUUAAUGGUGAAAAUAAUCUCUAAGAAAAAUUAUUAAUUCUAUAGACAUGUGGAAAUUUAUUGAGGUAGAAAAAAAAAUGGAAAAGACUGUCUGUGCCCGAUAUUGAAAAAAAAAAUACAUUUAUGAGACUUGAGACAAAGUCUCUCAUUUUAAUCAAUAUUCUUCCUCCUUAAAAGGAAGUGAGAACACGCUAAGAAAUAUACUACAAAAAAAAACAUGAGAAGAAAAACUUAUAGUGAAGAAAAACGUUGUUACUUUCUUUGUUGUCAAUUUUUGAGUGCACUAAAACACUGUCUCACUGACAAAAAAAAAGAUACUUUUGUAGAGAAGAAAAAUGUGUACACAUAACAAUUUUUUACCCAUUUCUCUCUUUUCCUUAAUCUUAAAAAAAAAGAAAACAAAAUGAACCCUACCUGCUAAAUAUUUAUACAUAUACAACAAAUCAACUCUGUAUACGAUAAAGUUUUGUUGACUAUCCGUUUUUCAUUUUUAUCUUUAAAAUUUUGAUACAACAAAGCCGAAAAAAGCUCAUUAAUAUUAAUGCAAAAGAAACUGUUAAUGAUAACGUCGAAAGGACUUGUUGAAGGAUGAUUUUUUUUAUAAAUUCAUGCUGCAAGCAGGAAGUUUUUCGCUGAAAGGUUUAUUUGUCGUUUUAAAGUCAUUUCUUUUGGAAAAUAUUAAAUAAAAAUUUAAUCCUUUAAAGAAAAUUGAAAUUAAUUUAAUUAUUUUUCGAAGAUAAAAAUGCGAUAAAUUUGUUUAGAAGCGGCUAAAAAGGUCGUUUGAAAUGAGAAAAUGUCUUCUGAGAACAACGUUGAUAAUUUUCGUUUUGAUUCUAUGAAAUUUUGUACAUUUUGUCCAAAGGAGUUUAUCCGUUCCUAUAUAAAAAAAAACCUUUAAUUUUUUGAAGAAGAAAUUGGGAUACGCAUAAUCAAGAUUAAGAAAUCACCAAAGAAAAUCCAAUCCAAUCCAAUUUGGUUGGAUCAGGAGAUUGAUACACUCCUAUCCGUAAAAUGGCCCACACGUGGUAGUAUCUAGCAAGGCCGCCCACUACUUCUCCGCAAGGAGAACAACAACAUCAUAUAGGGCGGCCGGCCCUGUUCCUAUAUGGGACGUAGCGCCAAAAUAAAAAAAAAAAAAGAAAAUUAUUGUUUUCACAAAAAUUUGCCCUAAAAUACAAAUAAUGACGUCAUUAUUUUGUUUUGACUUUCUAAUAUGCAUGAAACAUUCGUGCUGAUAUUUCUUCGCUGAGUUUUUUUGUAAGGCAUUUUUGAAACAUUGCUUUGCGAAAAUGUUUCAAGACUACUUUGUCAAAACUAAACGACAAAUCCCUCGAAGGGAUUAUUUUCAAUGUAAUAAAGCUUCACAUACUUUAAGAUGAAACAUUAGCGCGUAUGUUUCUUGUAUUAGGCUUGUUUCUGAUAGUUUUUUUUAAUGAAUAAUACAAAAUGUAUGAAAAUCGCUUAAAAAAGACAAAGAAACUUUAUAAAAUAAAUUAGUUCGAUUUGAAUUAAUUUUCUUUGACUUAUAUAACAAUAUUUUAAAAAAAUAUAUCAAAACAAAAAAUUUCUUAAAGAAAAUGGUUCUAAAAUGAUAAGAAAAAUAAUCUUUUGGCUUAAAAACCUUCUGCAAGCGUCUUGUAAUAUUUUUCCUUAAUUCUUUUGUUUUUGAUCGAAAUAAUUAAAAGAAUCUUUGAGGAAUAUUAACAAAGUAAAAAGAAAUAUUGAGCAUAUGUUAUAAAAAAAAACUUCUCUGUCUCUUUCUGUGGAUGAAUGUUGUUAUGUGUGACAAAAAAACAAAACCACUUACCAUUGUAUUAAACAAACAAAAAAAUAAAGAAAACAAAAUGGAAUUAGAAUUUAUAAAUUGAAUUUUAAACUAAAUUUAUCGAAAUCUUAAUGAAAUAUAUAUUUGUAAUUGUUAGAAAAGUACCUUUCUAUAUUAGAUGAUGAAACACAGAGCAAACUAACUGAUCAUUUCUCUCUUUUUUCCUACUCUUAUUGGUAAAAAGAAAAAAAACUUCUUUUAAAUUAUUUUUUCAAAAUUCUUUUGACACACAAAUCACAUUUCUUACAUUCUUCAUAAUUUCCAUUUUCUUUGCAAAAUGUGAUUUAUUUAAUAAACAAAAAAGACAAGAAAAUUGGAAAGCAAGGCAGAAAAAAAUUACAAAUAAUGAAAAUGUUAAAAAAUUAAAAAAAAGAAGAAAUAAUAAUAAAACAGCUCACCUCAAAAAGUAAUAAAAGUAAAUCAUCAUUGAGCAGAAAUGUAAAAGUGAAAACGGAAUAAAAACUUGCAAGAAAACAAAAUAAAAUAAAUAGUACAUAAUUCAAGUGCAUUACAGGUUUAUUGAUAAAAAAAAAGAUGAAAAAAAAACUCUAAAAAGCAGUGAAAAAAUAAAACACAAAAUGUAGAGGGGCGAGAAAAACGUGAAAUAGAAGUAAUAAAGUAAAACCAAAACGUAAUAAAAAAAAGUGAGAAAAAUAGCAUUGAAAGUAAAAUCUAUUGAAAUAUAGUGAAAAGAAGGAAAAACACGAAGUUAAUAAAACUUUUUUUCCCAUAGAAAAAAAAACUAAGAGAAAUAUUUCUAUAUAUACACAAAAAACACAAAAAAUAAUAUUAAAUUAUUGUGCAUGAAAUCACAGAGAUUAUUCUUACAAGAGAGAAAAAAAAAGAAUACAAAACAGUAAUAUUUCACGAAAUACAUUAUAUAUUAAAAAAAACCAAUUUAAGAUUUAAAGAAAAGAAAAACAGAAAAAUAUCUAUAUUUUCAUUCAGAGACAACUUUUUUGCAGACGACAAAGAGUUUAACGUAAAGAAAACUAUAUAUAUUAUUAAAAAAAAAUAGUCAGUAGAAAACAAUCUACUCUUCGAGACUCAAUACAAAGAAAUUAAAAAAAAAACAUUUUUCUAAAAAAAAACCAAAUCACUGUUUAAGGAAGAUAAUAAAAUAAAAUUCACUGCCGCAUUCAAAGAAAAUUUUUAAAGCAAAAAAUAAAAACUUCAUCCGAUUUCUUCCGAAAGAUAUUUCAUUUAUUUUUCAUUUUCCUAUUUUCUUUCUUUGCUUCUGAAAAGCAACAAAAUAGGACGAAAAAAAAGAAAGUAGAGAAGAGUACUUAAAGAAAAAAACAAAAGAGCGCAGUCGUUUAAUCCACCGGAAAAUCCAUAAGUUAUGUAUAUUUUUUUGUUAAACUUCCCUUUAAGUUUUUUUUUCCUUUGAAAUUGUAGAAAGAGAUUUUUUUCCUUUUUUUGUUGUUAUAAUUUCAUCCGCCGCCAAUAAAACGCGAUAUUAGCACGUGAGAAGGAAGUGAGGGGGGUAAAAGUGGACAGAAAGAAAACCAAAUCAGUAAAGAAUAUUUUCAUAUAAAAUAAAAGAAGAAGAAAAAAAUAGGUACUAUAUAUUAAUUUAAUUAAAGCGCGAAAUAAAAGAAAAAUAUCGUCAACAUACAAACCUCAUUCACAGUAAUUUUUUUCUUAUAUAUUGUAAAAGAAGAGAAGAAAAAGAAAGAUGAAAAAAGGGAAUUAUAGAGAGAGAAAAAAAGAAGUAAUUUGUUUAAAUAUUGUGUAUAUAUUAAAAAUAUAUUGAAAAAUAAAGUGAGAAAAAAAUAUGUAGAUUA